AUGAGCUCCUUUUACAUUGUAGAUUUACAUAAUAAUAUGUUGAGUGGUUUCCUUCCAAUUCCUUCAAUAGUUUCCCCAAAUUUGCAGCUAUUGGAUUUGUCACAAAAUGGAUUCACGGGUGUUAUCCCAAUACCAAUUGGUACACUUCUACUUGGCAUUCAAUUCUUGUCACUUUCAGCAAAUUAUCUAAGUGGUGGAAUUCCUUCUUCCAUUGGUCUUCUGCAGAGAUUAGAUGUUUUGGAUCUCUCAAAGAAUAGAUUAUGUGGUCAAAUACCAUCAAGCCUAACUAAUUGCUCCUCUUUGAUGAGAUUGAACUUCAGAAAUAAUUAUUUGACAGGAUACAUUCCAACUCAAAUUGGAAUGAUAAGUCAUCUCCAGACUCUUCAGCUCAAUGGCAACAUGUUGAAGGGAAAAUUUCCAUCAAGUCUUCAAAACUGUUCAAGCUUGCAAAUUUUAGAUGUGGGUGAAAAUGUAUUGGUGGGAAAUAUACCCCUUUGGCUAGCACACUUCUCUGAUUUGAUGAUACUUGUUUUGAGGUCAAAUGAGCUUCAUGGGAACAUUCCAAAUCAAUUAAGCAAUCUUUCCAACCUCCAUGUGUUGGAUAUUUCAAGUAAUAUUUUGACUGGAGCGAUCCCACCAAAGUUGGGAAAGUUGAAAGCUAUAAUGGAUGCAAAAGUAAAAAUCUCAAAUACUAGUCAUGAUAAUUCAGGUUACUACUACAAAGUAGAGGUCCAAGUGAGAAACAAAGGAUUGAAGCAAGCAUAUGUCAAUUCCAUUUUGUUACUUAUUACUUGCAUUGAUCUAUCUAGGAAUCAACUAUCAAAUGACAUUCCUUCAACAAUUGGAAGUCUUAAAGGUCUACACACAUUGAACUUGUCAGGGAAUAGCCUCACUAGAAAAAUUCCAAUUACUUUUGGAAUGUUAGAGCAAUUAGAGUCAUUGGACCUUUCAAAUAAUGAAUUAAAAGGUGAGAUUCCAAGUCAGCUAUUAAACCUCUCAUUUAUGAGUUCUUUCACUGUAUCUAAUAACAUGCUUUGUGGAAGAAUCCCAACAGGGGGUCAAUUUGCAACAUUUAUUGAUCCUGCAUAUUUCUCUGGAAACCCUAGCCUUUAUGGAUUUCCACUUGAUAAUAAAACUUGUAAAUGUGGAACAAUUAAUCAUAUCAAACCUACUCAAGAAGAUGUGGAUGAGAGAGGAGAAAUCCCAUGGCAUUGGUAUGUUGAGUGGAUGACAAGUUUUGUUGCUGGAUUUUGGGGAGUUUUUGGAAUCUUGAUUUUCAAAAAGAAUUGGAGAAGAAGAUACAUUCAAGUCAUAGAUGAAGUUGCAAUUAUUUUUUUAGAUAGAAUAAGAGAUAUUAGGUAG